AUGGCCCUAACGAGGAAACAGAUUUUCCGAUCAACCUUAACCCAGGCGUUUUUGGUUGGAUUUUUAUCAUUCACACAGCCAGGCAUUUAUGCUGCAAUUGCAAACUUGGGAGCCGGAGGCCAGGCAACUACCAGAACGUGGAAUGUAUCGACGGUCAUUCUGAACGCAAUGGCGGUCGUAUUAGGACCCAUAUCUGCACUUUUUGCCAACACGUUUGGACUGAGGCCAACGUUAUUUAUUGGAUGCAUAGGACACACAAUCUACUCGGCGUCCUUGUACUAUAACACUAAGACCGGAAAUCAGGCCUUUAUUUUGGCCGCAUCUGUACUUCUAGGAAUAUCGGGGGCUGCUUUCUGGAUGUCUGAAGGAGCUAUUGUGAUGAGCUAUCCAGAAAAAUCAAGAAAGGGGCUAUUCAUCGGCAUAUGGCAGAUGCUGAACAAAUUCGGAGGGGUAAUAUCCGGUGCAGUCGUAUUUGCCAUGAACUACAGUGGAAAGAAGAAGGGCCAAGUGAGCCUCAACACAUACAUCGCUCUUUUCUCUAUCCAAUGUACUGGUCCUUUUUUUGCACUGCUGCUGUCGCCUCCAGAGAAAGUGAUCAGAAAAGACAAUACCCGUGUCGAAACAAACGUGGUCAAGGAUGGCCUCAAACAAAUGGGCAAAAGGUAUCUAGGUCUCCUGAGAAAAAAGGAAAUAAUUCUUCUGCUACCCAUCCUGGUAGUCAACACGUGGUACAAAACCUGGCAGAGCAACUUUAUGACACACAACUUUUCGGUCCGCGCAAGAGCAUUGAACGUUCUUCUGACUGCUCUGAUAGGGGGCGCAGUGGACUUAGGGGGAGGCACAUUUCUUGACUGUCAAAAAAUAUCUGUUGGUUCGCGAGCCAAGAUAUCUUGGCUUUUCAUCAUUUUUUUCGAAUCGGGCUUUUAUAUCUGGGGCUUUAUUGUGCAAAAGCACUUGGCUCAUAGCACAGACACUCUUGAUUGGGCCACAGGAAUGUACUAUUACAACACGUAUGUGCCAAUGCAAAUUUUCAAGAUACCAACCGAGUUUGUCUUCAAUUGGGUGUUCUGGGUGGUAAGCGUGCAGGAAUUCAGUUCCGAGGAAAAUGCUUAUAUUUCCGGUCUCAUCAGAGCAGUCGAGUCCUUUGGGUCGAUGCUGUCUUUCCUGGCGGGAGUCACAAAUGGUAACGACAUGGUCAAUUUGUCAGUGGCGGCAGGUGUGUUUUGGGCUGCUGUACCAAGCGUGACAUACCUGGUUUUCAAGAUUAUCAGGACCACGCAUAUUAACCCUGAAAGUGCUAUUGUCCAAAACAAGAAAAGUGGCGAAAUAGUUGAAAUUACAGAAGAAAUUGAUUAA